CGCCCUUUCGCUGCAGGGGGCCGGUCACAGCGCACCACCCCUUGAAGGGGGCGGGGCGGCCGGCGAACCAGACACAGCCGUCGUCUCAGUACAGAAGAGCGCUCAGGCAGCGGCGCCCAGAAGCAGCCCGGCAGCGGCAGAGCACUAUCCCCACACCAUUUGACGGGCACAAGUGGGGGACCUUGGUGCGAGGGGCAGCAUGCAUCCAGAGGAUGGCUGAGUCUGGCCAAGGCAGUGCUACAGCCGCCACCCAACGCUGGUUUUCCCAUUCCCAGAGUGAGAGGAGAGGAAUGAUUCCUGCUUGGGGAACACUGUCUUGCUUUUUCCUGGUGGUGACUGUCGGCAGUCUUCCUGCAGCAAGAUUGCCUAUUUCAGAUCUCGAAGACAGGUUUACAAGAGAGUCAUCAGAUUAUUUAAAGAAAGAAACUACUUCCCUUGAAGAACUGGUGUUUGGAACUGGUGAUACCAUUGAACUUUCCUGUAAUACUGCAGUCUCUUCUAUGUCUGUCUUCUGGUAUAAAGAUGGCAUUGGGAUUUCACUUACUAACCGAACUCAUAUUGGACAAAAAAUGUUAAGGAUUAUCAAUGUGUCCUAUGAUGAUUCUGGCCUGUACAGCUGUAAACCAAGGCACUCCACUGAAAUGCUCAGGAAUUUUACAGUUCGAGUGACAGACUCUCCAUCAUCGGGUGAUGAUGAAGAUGAAGAUGAUGAUGAUGAUGAAUCUGAAGAUGGAGUUGCCCCUUAUUGGACCCGUCCUGAAAAAAUGGAAAGGAAGCUUCUGGCUGUGCCUGCUGCCAACACAGUUCGUUUCCGCUGCCCAGCUGCUGGCAAUCCCUCUCCUUCCAUAUACUGGCUGAAAAAUGACAAAGAAUUCAAAGGAGAACACCGGAUUGGGGGCAUCAAAUUACGGCAUCAGCAAUGGAGCCUUGUCAUGGAGAGUGUGGUUCCAUCAGACCGAGGCAACUACACCUGUGUUGUGCGGAACAAAUAUGGUGUCAUUCAGCACACUUACCAGCUCGAUGUUCUUGAAAGGUCACCCCACCGUCCUAUACUCCAAGCAGGAUUACCUGCUAACCAGACUGUGGUUGUUGGGAGUGAUGUUGAAUUCCACUGCAAAGUGUAUAGUGAUGCCCAGCCUCACAUCCAGUGGCUGAAACAUGUGGAGGUCAAUGGAAGUAAAUAUGGACCAGAUGGGACACCUUACGUCACUGUCCUCAAGACUGCUGGUGUUAACACAACGGAUAAAGAGCUAGAAAUUCUGUACUUGCCCAAUGUUACUUUUGAGGAUGCUGGGGAGUAUACUUGUCUUGCUGGGAAUUCUAUUGGGUUUUCACAUCAUUCUGCUUGGCUGACGGUAUUAUCAGCGGAAGAGCGAGUUGCAGUGGAUGACUCCAGCUCUCUUUAUGCAGGCAUCCUCAGCUAUGGGACUGGCUUUGUUUUUUUCAUACUGAUGGCAGUGGUGGUGAUUAUUUAUAGAAUAAAAAGACCAACCAAAAAACCUAUGAACUCCAUCGCUGUUCAGAAAGUCUCCAAAUUCCCACUCAAGAGACAGGUAACAGUUUCUUUGGAAUCGAACUCUUCGAUGAAUUCCAACACGCCACUGGUCAGGAUCACUCGCCUUUCCUCCAGUGAUGGACCAAUGCUGGCAAAUGUCUCAGAGCUUGAGCUGCCUGCUGACCCCAAGUGGGAACUGGCAAGAUCUCGCCUGACUCUUGGGAAGCCAUUAGGUGAAGGCUGUUUCGGUCAAGUAGUGAUGGCAGAAGCUAUUGGGAUCGACAGAGAAAAACCAAACAAGGCAAUCACAGUAGCUGUCAAGAUGCUGAAAGAUGAUGCUACGGACAAGGAUCUUUCUGACUUGGUCUCAGAAAUGGAAAUGAUGAAAAUGAUUGGGAAGCACAAAAACAUCAUUAACCUCUUAGGUGCCUGCACACAGGAUGGUCCUCUCUAUGUUCUGGUGGAAUAUGCAUCGAAGGGAAAUUUACGGGAAUAUCUUAGAGCUCGUCGACCACCUGGCAUGGAUUACUCUUUUGAUACCUGCAAGUUACCUGAGGAGCAGUUGACAUUUAAAGACUUAGUCUCAUGUGCCUACCAGGUGGCCCGUGGGAUGGAAUACCUGGCAUCUCAGAAAUGCAUCCAUCGGGACUUGGCAGCUAGAAAUGUCUUGGUCACUGAUGACAACGUGAUGAAGAUAGCUGAUUUUGGUCUUGCCAGAGAUGUUCACAACAUUGAUUAUUACAAAAAAACAACUAAUGGUCGACUACCCGUGAAAUGGAUGGCUCCAGAAGCAUUGUUUGAUCGGGUCUACACUCACCAGAGUGAUGUAUGGUCUUUUGGAGUGCUGCUGUGGGAGAUCUUCACUUUGGGAGGGUCUCCAUACCCGGGGAUUCCGGUUGAGGAACUUUUCAAACUCUUAAAGGAGGGCCAUCGCAUGGACAAGCCAGCAAACUGUACCCAUGAUUUGUACAUGAUCAUGAGGGAGUGCUGGCAUGCAGUACCUUCGCAGAGGCCAACUUUUAAGCAGUUAGUUGAAGACCUGGAUAGAGUCCUGACAGUGACCUCAACUGAUGAGUAUCUUGACCUGUCAGCGCCUUUUGAGCAGUAUUCACCAUCAGGCCAGGACACCCACAGUGCCUGCUCUUCAGGAGAUGACUCUGUAUUUGCACAUGAUCUUCUGCCAGAUGAGCCUUGUCUUCCAAAACAGCAAGCAAAUGACAUCAUCAGGACAUGCUGACAGACAGAACUGCAAAAAAGAGAGAUUCUUGAAUGUAUUGUCAGAAAGAGACCAAGUACAAAACCUGUGGGAGGGUUUUAUGGUGAUUUUGCUCCACAGCGCAAAAAUUGCUGUAAAGCCAUAAAGCAUUUUCUGUUGUGUGUAUAUGCAGGCAAUAACAAAAUCAGAAGUCAAGAAGCACUGUUUGUCUGAAAGAACCAGUUGUUUGCAAAGGUAGUAGCAUUCAGACAAGCUAGUGUUACAUCUAGGUGCUGAACCUUCAACUUCCAGUAAGAAGGCCAGAGUUGCCUUUUUGCAUCUAGAAUAUUAGGGCAGUGGGGCGGGAAGCAGGAAGGAGACAAAUUGUCUCUGUUUUAAAGAGAAAAAAACAUGUCAAGAAUGUAGGAAUUGGUACAUGAACCUUUUAGGUGGCACUCAACAGCUGCAUUGCCUGCAGGAUUCAGUCAUCUAAUGUAAACAUCUAAUUUUUAAAAGAAAAAUCACUGUUUAAAAUUAUUUUUAAAAUCAUUUUGAAGAAUCAGUCAGUGUUAAAAAGCAUUAGUCCUCUUGAAAAGUUGCCUUAGUUUUGCCAUGGUAAAGAAUAGCUGACUAUUGCACUAGGGGUGGGACAGUAAUGGAAUGAAUAUAUGCAGGCAAGAAAGAACAUGAAUGACUGGAGGCAUUGCGGGUUAUAGUAAAUGGGGGCAUGUUGUGGUUCCUUUCCUCUAAAUUUUUCUUGGGGGUUGCUUAAGAUUCUUAAAGAGAGCGUUAAACCUGACUCUUGGUAUUUGCUAUAUUUAUUUACUUAUUUGCCGUGCUUAGAAACUACAGAAUGGGGCCUUAAGAGUCUUCACAACAGAUUUCUACAACCUGUCCCCAGAAAUGUAGCAGUUGUUUCAAUCUAGCAACAAAAUACUUGGUGAAAGUAAAUACGGGUACCAGUAGGCAAGUGCCUUUAGCAUAACAAAAAGGUUUCUUCACUAGAAUUGUGUGUAUAUCUAUUUUAUAUAUAUAUAAAUAUAAAUAUAUUUUUGUGUAUAUAUGAGUCUAAAAUAUUAAUGCAGCUGACAGCAAGACUGAAAGAGAAGCUCUCCUAAUAAGAAGCCUUUUGCAAUCCUGGAUAGACUGAUCUAGGCAGAGAGAGACUUUCUUUGUAUCUUGCCUGGUGGUUGUUUAAAAGUUAUCUUAACAUGUAUAUUUGUAAAAUUAUUUAUAGAUAUUAACAUCUGUUCGUUGGUUUUAAAAGUUUAGCAUUAAUGUAUACUGUACUUUAAAUUCUUAACUUAUUGAAAGUGGGGGAAGAUAUAUUAAUCAAGAAUUUUCUUUUGAGUUUAUGGGAAAUAUUAAGAACAUGUAUAGUUGUAUAGUUUAACAAAUUGCUUUAAAUACUAUAUAUUCUUUUUGAGAGAAAGUAGGCUUUCCUGGAUUGCAGUGAAUAUAAAUACACAUAUUCUAUAAUACAUUAGUGGUUAAACCCAAAUAGGAACAGACAUUAUUUUUAUUUCUAUAUAAGAGCCAAGAAAUAUUUCACUGUUUUUACCACUGUGUAUUAAGGGGGUAUGAGCAAAGGUAUUCUUUGUAGUUAACUUAAUAGCAAGUAUGCAGCAGAGCUGAAUGUUGAAUGCAAUGAAUGUGUAUGCAUGUUUUUCUCUUCUCAGUCUUAUAUACAUUUUCAUCGUUUAAAAAAUGAGGACUUCGCAAAAUGGUAUUUAAAUUAUACAUAUGGGAUGUUUGAUUAUAUAGUCUUUGAGUCUAACAGUUUGGGGCAAAUGCCAACUGAAAAACUAUACAUGUUAGAUAAGUGUCAAAGCACACUAGAUAAACAAGAUAAAUGUAAACUGGAGUAAGACCACCAAGGACGUUUUAUUUGCAAGCAGUUUUUAAUUUUGACUACCACAAAGAUAGGUCUCUUCCCUCUGCAGAUCAGAAUUUCAUUACUAUUCAUUUUGUAACUCCACAAAGAUUUUAUCAAAAUCAUUAAUUUAUAAAUCUGAAGUUUCAAUGAGUAUGUUUUUAAAAAUAGAUUUAUAUAGAUAACUACCUUUUUUGAAAUAAAGAAUUAUGAUAUUUUCUUACCAAGUCUGCUAAUUGUGUGCAUUCCAAGAAUCUGAAGAGUUGCUAUUCCAGUUUGGAACAAUGUACAAAUGUGCCUUGAGUUCAUUAGAUAUUCUAAAUAUAUAUGCAUAUAUAAUUUAUUGAUUUUUUAAAAAAGAUGUAUUGGUUGUAAACUUAUUCUUUAACACUUCUUAUUCAUCUCUUAUAUAAUUUUCUAGCCAGGACUUUAACAUUUCUUCUAAAUACUUUUUUAAAAAUCUGCUGCUGGUGUUACAGACUACAAGGUUGUAUAGCUUGAGGUUUUUAUGAGCAGCAGUUUAGUUCAUUGUCUUCUAAAUUCUGUAUUUUGUUUGCCUUAUAACCACAGCUGCUGAAGGUGUGAAAGGAACACACAAUAAAUCUAUCUGGCUUUUGUUUACCUGGUCUAAACAUAAAAAAGGUUGAAUGAAAUUUCUGCUUUCAUCCCAGCCCUGCAAUUUUUAAGAAUCCUUUUAAGAAUAAACCUUUGUUUUCAAAUAAUA